GGGAGGUGUCUCCAUAGCAACGCACCGUAAAGCACGGCUGCGCAGCUGGUGACGAAGUGACGGGGUGACGAGAGAGACGGGGUGACGGGGGAGGGAGAGUGUUUUGGUGCCUGUCGCUCGCCGUCCUUUUUUCUUCCCUGGUCGCUUGCGCCUCUCAGUCCGGGCUUCCUCCCUCCCCCUCCCCUGCCCCAGUCCUCCCUCCAGUCCCAGGCAUCUCUCCUCCCCCCCUCGCCGCUUCUCCUGCGUCUCUUUCCCCCCCCUCACCCUAUCCAGUUCCCCGCCCCCUCCCCCAGUAUAUGCCCCGCAGCGCGGCCGCCCCCCGCUCCCCCCGGUCCUGCCGCCCCAUGUGGCUGCGGGGCCGCCGCGGCGUCUCCCACUAUGGCCCGGAAAACAGUUAGCAGGAAGCGGAAAGCGCCCGCGGCGCCGGGGACCGGGAGCGGGACCCAGGGCCAGCAGUUUGGCUGGGAUCAUUCACUAAACAAAAGGAAAAGACUCCCUCCAGUGAAGAGGUCCUUGGUCUACUACCUGAAAGGCAGAGAAGUCAGGUUGCAGAAUGAGUCCAGUUACUACCGAGUGUUGCAUGGUUAUGCAGCACAACACCUUCCCAGUCUCCUGAAGGAGAGAGAGUUUCACCUUGGGACCCUUAACAAAGUAUUUGCAUCUCAGUGGCUGAAUCACCGGCAAGUGGUGUGUGGCACAAAAUGCAACACGUUGUUUGUGGUCGAUGUCCAGACAGGCCAGAUCACCAAGAUUCCCAUUUUGAAAGAUCGAGAACCUGGAGUGGUGACCCAGCAGGGCUGUGGUAUCCAUGCCAUCGAGCUGAACCCCUCGAGAACACUAUUGGCCACUGGAGGAGACAACCCCAACAGCCUUGCAAUCUAUCGGCUGCCUACAUUAGAUCCUGUGUGUGUGGGAGAUGAUGGACACAAGGAUUGGAUAUUCUCUAUUGCAUGGAUCAGUGAUACCAUGGCAGUUUCUGGCUCACGAGAUGGUUCCAUGGGGCUUUGGGAGGUAACAGAAGAUGUGUUAACCAAAAGUGAUGCCAGGCACAAUGUAUCCCGAGUUCCUAUGUAUGCUCACAUCACACAUAGAGCCCUAAAAGACAUCCCUAAAGAGAAUACUAAUCCUGACAAUUGCAAGGUCCGGGCUCUGGCCUUCAAUAAUAAAAACAAAGAGCUUGGAGCAGUGUCACUUGAUGGCUACUUUCAUCUCUGGAAAGCAGAACAUACACUCUCUAAGCUCCUGUCCAUCAAGCUGCCAUACUGUCGUGAGAAUGUGUGUUUGGCCUAUGGCCAUGAGUGGUCUGUGUAUGCAGUGGGCUCCCAAGCUCAUGUUUCCUUCUUGGACCCACGACAACCGUCACACAAUGUUAAAUCAGUCUGCUCCAGAGAACGAGGCAGUGGCAUCCGUUCAGUGAGCUUCUACGAGCACAUCAUCACUGUGGGCACAGGGCAGGGCUCCCUGUUGUUUUACGACAUCCGGGCCCAGAGGUUUCUAGAAGAGAAGCACUUAUCCUGCUAUGGGUCCAAGCCCAAGCUCGCAGGGGAAAAUCUGAAGCUGACUACUGGCAAAGGCUGGCUGAAUCAUGAUGAAACUUGGAGGAAUUAUUUUUCAGACAUUGAUUUCUUCCCCAAUGCUGUUUACACCCACUGCUACGACUCGUCUGGAACGAAACUCUUUGUGGCAGGAGGUCCCCUUCCUUCAGGGCUCCAUGGGAACUAUGCCGGGCUCUGGAGCUAAUGAAUAACUCUUCUGAAAUGCAGAGAUUUACACUAACUUCCAUCUUCAGUUUCCUUGUUUCUUCUUUUCAUUUUUCAAUUGUGUGAUGCCCUUGUCUUAUUGGAACACCAGAAUUUGCUUUUGACUUGGGCAUUUGACACAGGCUCCGUACGUUGGUCUAAAGUGGCUUUUUCUUUUUUUUUCCCCUUUGGCAAUCAGAAUUUUGCUUUAAAACUUUUUUUUGGCUUUUUAUUUGCUUCUUAUCCAAAGGAUUUUUUUGUUAAUCCCAUAUUGUAUUUCCUUUUUAAGAGACACACACUUUCCCCUAUUUGGCUUCUGCUUUAGGCUGACACAGUCAUACUCAUCCCUACUUUGCUGUUGUGAGGUAGGAUUCCUUUAUACUUAUGUGGUUGCUGUCAGACUUUCUGUGAAAGUUUGGGGGCUGUGUGUGUGUGUGGGUGUGUGUGUGGGUGUGUGUGCGCACAGGUACUAUGUGUGUCAUUGAAAUUACAUGGAGUGAGGAUUACUUGUAAUUAAAAUAUUUAUAAAAGAAACUACUUUAUCCACAGAAUCCAGCUUUGGGACUGGUUUUAUCUUAUUUUUUAAAGUACAAGUCUAAUGACACUGUAUACAAAAACAGAAAAAAACCCAUCACCCAGAAAAACCAUUGAGAAAGCUUGUAGGUAUCCCCUGGGGCCCUAUGUCAGGGUCUCCCUUCCUGGGGUUCCCCUAUCCUCUAAGGUUUCCAGGGGGGUAAAAGCUUUCUUUCCUUUCCCUUCCUCUUAUCCCUAUGACUCCCUAAGGAGAAGGCUUCUGCCCACGUAUCACUUCCCAUUCCCUUGGCCUGCUCUUGCUUCUCUAGAAUGUCAAGGCCUCUGAUGGAGCUUUUAGAAAAGGGGUAGAAGUUUAAUGUACUGGAUUAUGCCAUAUUUCCCUAUCUCCUGAUAGCUGUCCUCUUUCCUCCCUUUCCAAAAAAAAUCCAAAUUAGGGACCUGCAGCCAGCCAAAGGAACCUGGGGUCUCCUUUGGCUUUGGGGAAACUCCUCAUUUUUUUUUCCUUCCCUCUUCUAAUUACCUUGAUGGGUUUGGUUUGGUUUGGUUUCAAUUUCCCUUCAGAAGCAAGUUCAGUCUGGGGAUGGGGACUGAGUAUCUGUGUGUAGUGUGUACCUAGUGUGUUUUAAUAUUAGUCUUUUGGUGUGGUGGGGGAGGGUGUUGGCCCCAGAAUCCCAUGGCUGAGGUCUUACUCAUUUGAGUGCUCCUCAUCCUUGCCUGGGUCAGAGGAGCAGGCCAGCAGUGUUGUGCAUGUAGCAGCAUUGAUGUAAUUAGUAAAUAGGAACAUUCUUCCUAUUCCAUUCCCCCACCUUAACAAUUUGUAUGUUUGGGCUCCAAGUUUUUUGAAUGUAGCAGUGACAAACUUGCCAUAUAAUCCUGUUGUUCCCUGCUCUUACACUCAUCAUGUUGCAAACAACGUCUGUUCCCUUGAUUUGAUGAUUUCCUCUUUUCCUUUGAGCACUUAUUCCAAUUAAUUGCCAGAAACACUUCCCUGAGAAUAAGAACUGUCAUCUCCCUUUUCUCCCUCAAUCAAACAAGUUGAUGAGAGGAAGCUAUGUAGAGAUGCAUUGUGCUGUGCCCAGGGAGCUUGGAAGAUGAAGUUAUUUGCUUAAAAGUCUGCACUUGACUUCAUGAUAUAUGACAGAAACACCAUUAAAAUGGUUGUGGAAUUCUCACUUUGUAACCUAGAGAAAUAGGUGCUAUCAACAGGGAAUUAAGCAAAAUGCUAGAUGCUACAAAUCUUUACCUGUCUUAAUUUGUUUUUUCUCCUAGUAUUAAACUACAGGCUGUAAAUUACUUAGUUCUCAAAGAACUUCUAUCACUUUAAAGGAAAAAAAUACAUGUAACCAAAAAAAAAAAAAAAAAAAAAAAA